AUGGCCGACCCCACGGGCCUCAUCGCCAAGAGCGGUAUCGAGCUGCUCACAUUCGGAACGCCCAAUGGCUACAAGAUCAGCAUUCUCCUGGAAGAGCUGAAAGGCGCCUACGGAAAGGACUACACCUAUCAGUCGAUCAAUAUCGCGCACAACAUACAGAAAGAGCCUUGGUACACAGCCAUAUGCGCCAACGGUCGGAUCCCUGCCAUCGUCGACCACGACCGCGGCGGCUUCGCCGUGUACGAGGGCCUCGCCAUCCUGGGCUAUCUUACACGCCGGUACGACCCGCUGAAUAAGUUCAGCUUCCCUGUCGACAGCAACGAGUACGACGAGGCCGAGACCUGGAUGGCUUGGCAGCACGGUGGAUUGGGACCGAUGCAAGGUCAGGCGGGCCACUUCGUGCGCUACGCGAAGGAGAAGAUCCCCUACGGCAUCCAGCGGUACGUCGGCGAGACGGAGCGCCUAUACGGCAUUCUGAACAAGCGCCUAGAAGGCCGCGACUACGUCGUCGGGAACAAGUUCAGCAUCGCCGACAUCAAUCUCCUCGGGUGGGUCAAUGUCGCGCGGCUCGCGGGGAUUAUCCUGGAAGAGCAGUUCCCGAACAUUGGGAGGUGGCUCGAUCGGUGCCUUGAACGGCCGGCGGUGAGAAGGGGCUUCGCGAUCCCGUAUGUCUCGCCGUUGACGAAUGCUAGUGUCAAGGAGAUUGUGGAGACGAAUCCGGCUAUGAAGAGGCAGGUCGAGGAGACGGAUAAAUUGAUUAUGAAUGCGAAGACGCAGUAUGGGUAUAAGUAUGCCUCGCCUUAG